UCAGUGCAGUUAAAGUAGUCUUUGCCCACAUAGCACCUUCCGUGAGAAAGGGUUAUGGAGACUGCCAAUUUCUGCUGCAAGCGCCAUAGCAUCAACCUGAUCAAUUAGAGUCUGCCUGCCUGCUGUGAGCUUAAUCAUCUAACUGCCAUUGACAGUUAACAGUUCCUUAUUGCAACUCUUAAGUCAACCUCAGUCCAACCAUUAGAAUUCUCUUCUCGUGCUGUAUAAAUUGGUGUUCCUUUUUGAAGUUUGGUUUCUUGCAUCCGAGUCCUAAUGCGUGUAAGAUAGAAUAUUUUUAUAUUCUUUCAUGAGAUGUAGGGAAUACUGACAAGACCCAUUUCUAACUGCCCUUAAGCAGGUGGUGGUGAGCUGGAAUCUAACCGCUACACUGUGUGUGCACCAAGUACAUCCACAAUGGAGGGAGUUUUAGGAUUUUAUCCCAACAACAACAAAGAAACGGUGAUAUAUUUCCAUGUCAGAAUCGUGAGUGACUUGAAGGAGAACUUGCAGGUGGUGCCUAUGUAUCUGCAGCCCUUGUCCUUCUGGAUGGUGAUGGUGAUGGGUUUGGAAGGUGCUGUCUAAGGAAUCUUGGUCUUUAAGGAAUUGCAGCAGUGCCUCUUGUAGAUGCAUCUCAGUGAUGAAGGGAGUGAGUGUUAAAGAUAAUGAAUCUGGUUCCAGUUGAUGUCAGGACAACUGCUCUGGCUUUGGCAAUCACCGACUCUGAGCUGUCAGAUGAAGAGGCUUCCAUUCUGGAAAGUGGAGGAUUCUCGAUGUCCCGGGGAGCAACUCCACAACUCACAGAUGUGUCAGAAGAUCUGGAUCAGCAGAGCCUGCAUAGCGAACCAGAAGAAGCUUUUGCGAAAGACCUGCCGGAGUUUCCCUCGGUAGAGGACUUAUCUGGCGAUGGAAGCCCCUCUCAGAUUUCGACAGGGCUAUCGCCAGAGACCUGUAGCACUCAGGACUCUCAAUCCUUCAUUCAGACACUGAGCUCCCCUCUGCACUUUGUAAAUACACAUUUUAAUGGGAAUGGGACAACUAUGAACACACCACAGACUGGCCAAGCCUCUGUUCUAAGCUUGAGUCUCGAGGCCUUCACUGAGGAGAUUGUAACGUCAGCAAUUACUACAGUGGUUCAGAAUACUCUGUGCGCCCUGAUUUCUAACCCGCUGACAGGAAACCAGUCUGAGAGCUCAGAAUUCCUUUCUACCGAAUCACAGCAGGCCCUCUCCCGGGCAGGAUCGAUGGAAUUGGACCUGAGAGAAGUAGAAUCUCAUGACGAAGUGGAUGAUUUUGAGGUGCUGGACCAGGGGGAGUUGGAUCAGAUGGACACAGAGCUUGGUCUAAAUGAACAGCUGCAGCAGGUGCAUAAAGGACAGAGUACAUCGCAGGUCACAGAAGCUGAGCUGCUAAGGGAGAGCUAGUGGCAGCAGCUAGCCUGUGGAUUACUGGGUUACUUAGAAAGACCUGAUAUGACCCUUAUUGUGUGGCAUUGCACUUCCCCCAAUUCCUACCUAGUCCCUCAAUAUGUGUUGUACUGCCAUCUGCCGAACCCUUUUCCUUAGUGCACAGUGAUGCUGCAUCUCAGUCCCUGGUCCAAACAGCCCCUGUUCAAUGGGUAGGCAAUCCUACAUAUGCCCGUCUUCAUUACAUGAGCAACAAUGUUAACGUAGUACUAAGAACAUUAAAAUUAUUAACUAGAUUUUCUUCAACUUAUUAAUGCUUUGCCUGAUGUGGUACUGAACACCACACAGUCUGAAAGACCCAGAAUGCAUCUCCAGCAUGUGCUGAAUGAACCGAUCUAACUCAAUGUGGCAUUGACCCAUAUGCACGUGUUUGCUGAUCCCAUCUAGUGUGGCAGUGGGAGUUGUAACUGAUCUCAGCUGCCCUGGUUAAGAAAGUGAUGACAUCUCUGCAAUGCGCAGAGAGUGCAAAAGAAGACUUGCACCCCUAUAGCACCUUUUAUGGUCUGAAGAUGACCAAAGAACAUUUACAGGCAGUGAAGCACUUCUGAAAUGUGGUCACUGUUGUAAUGUGGGAAAUGUGGCAACCAAUUUAUAAAGAAGAUCCCACAUCAGGAAUGUACUAGUGCCCAGGGUUGUGUUUUAGUGAUGGUGGUCAAGGGUUGAGUAUUGGGUCACAACACUGGGAAGACCUCGCCUAAUUUUCAGAAGAAUACUGUAGGAUCUUUUACAUCCAGUUAUGAGAACAGAUCUGAAAGAUGGCGCCUCUAAAAUGCAGCUCACCCAGUGUAGGUGCUAAUGUGAAACUGCUUACAGGUGUCUUCAAGAUAUUGACAAUUCUGAGAUGUAAUGCCCAAAAUUGUGCAAAAUUCGCCAAUGAUCUGUAAAGGUGUAUCAUGACUUCCUUAUUCAUUUGUUUAGCACUCGUGUUUACAAAGCUGCAUCUCCGAUACAUUUUCUUCAACUUUCUUAUUUCCUGUCACUUUUAAAGAUUUGCGAGUAUUUUCCCCAGGUCUCUUUUGGCUUACACCCUAUCAAAAUGGAGCCAUUUAGAUUUUACUACGUUUCCAUGUUUCCAAACUCCAUUACGUCACACUCAAUGUAUUAACUAUGUAUGCCAUGUAUCUGCCCAUUUCACCAUUCUGCACAUCUUUCAGAAAUCUCUUGUCCUGCUCUCUGUUUACUACAUUGCAAACUUUUAUACCAUUCACAGACUAACACUGCACAUUCUACAUGCAAGUCCAGGCCAUUUGUAUUUAAUAUUCUAACAGCAAUUACGAAAGGUAGCCAAAGUCAAAUCUCAAACUUCCUUUGAUCAGCGACCAGUGGUUCACAAUCUCUGGAGUAGCAGGUAAGGGACAUUCUGAUUGGAACAGAGAAAUGGGGUCAUACAGAUGGAUCCUCUUUGUUCAAAUGGAGAGAGGAAUAAGCAGAAUUUACAGGUUAGUUAGUUUAAGGUCAGUGACAAAAUUCUUAAAGAAAAAAAUCUGGAAAAAUAUUGGUUAAUAAAUAAGAUGUAUUUAACAUUGUUGAAGGUGGUGUUGAUUGAGGUUUUAACAGAAGUAGCCGAGUGGUUGGUGAUUAGCAGAGAAGUUGAGAUUUAAAUGUAUGGAUUUCAAAAUGCAAAGAGACUGAUACCGGGAAGCAGUUUUGGAGCAGGGCUUGAGGUAUGGUUGUGUCUGCAAAACCAGCUCAAGACUAAUUGAUAGAGGCUGAGUUUUAGGCAGGAACCCCACCAGAAAAACUCACGGCCGAGAUGCAGUUUAACACUUUUUCUACCUCGCCUACCUCCAUUAAAGCCUGUGUCUUACACCAAA